AUGAGCCAUUCUGGUAUGGGUACACAAUCAGGAAAUACCUCAGAAGGUGGGAGGAAAGAUGAGGCCGAAGUGGCGAAUCCUAGAGUUCGACGAAAGCUGCAGAAUCGUUUGAAUCAGAGAGUUUCUAGAGAGCGCAAGCUACGGCGAGAGGAACUGGCAGGGAUCCAGCGGAGAUCCCGAGGUCGCCCUAGGACGGAUGUUCAACCUGUCAAUCGUCGCGUCUCCUCGGUGCCGACGUCACAAAGCACCAGCAGGUGUGCUGAUGGCGAAACAAGUAUUGAGCUCAUUGGACUCCCGCCUGGAACCUCUUCUCUAUCUCAGCCUGCCCUGGUGUGUUUCCUUGACAGUGCUCAGACCAGGGCGGUUAUGGAUCGGCUGGCCUACGCUGUGAAUUGUAGUCUCUUACAAGGCAAUCCAACGUCUGACCUACUCCUAUCUGUGACACAGCUCAAUAGCUUCCGGGCUAUCAAGUACAACAUGGAUGUACUUAAUCUCAAUUUGGAGAUAAUAAAAGAUCAAAAUGCAAUCUCGUACUUCAAUGCACCAGCUGCAACAUUCAACACAUAUUCCGUACCACCGAGCCUUCACCCAACAAGUCUUCAAAAAUCUCAGGUUCAUCAUCCUUACAUCGAUCCUCUACCCAUUCCAUCGCUCCGAGAUGCUCUCUUACGCUAUGAGGGGCUUUACAAUGACUACGAUUUCUGUAGAGACAUGAUUGGGGAUGUCGGGAAAGCUGGUAUUAUGGUUUGGGGAGAUCCUUGGGAUCCGUAUGGUUUGGAAGUGUCAGAGAGCUUUGCUAACAAGUGGUUGUGGCUUUUGAAGAGUUGCCACGAGGUGCUUGUCUCGACCAAUUACUGGCGAGCGCAGCGUGGAGAAGCUGACUUGUUUUUUCUCUGA